AUGCUCCUCCUACUCUCUGUCUUGUUACCUCUAGCUUUAGGGAAUAACCCUUACCUCCCUACCCGAUAUAACUGGACAUUGACUCGAACAAAUGAUGGGACAGUGGUGGCCCACAAUGCCACAUAUGGCCAGCCUGUUCUAUAUUUUGAUUUAUGCUCCCUGCUAGGCCCUGGCUGGAAUAUAGCAAACAAUUGGGGGAGCAAGAAUACAAUGACUUGGUCUGAAGAUGAUAGGAGGUGGAAUGCGAACCCAGGGUGUGGGGAAGGAGUGCCAGCACCUGCUGAACAUGAGCGGGCCCUCAGGGGUCAGGGUUUCUACGUAUGUCCCUCAGAAGGGCCUUCAAAUUGUCAGGGAAAAGAUCGAUUCCAUUGUGGGACCUGGGGUUGUGAAACUAUUGCAAGUUGGCAGGGAGGAGAGAGCAAGGAUCCGAAUAUCAAUCUGAUACGAAGGUACCCUGGAAACCCAACCUGUACAGUGGGUUCUUGUAAUCCGAUGAUCCUGCAUGUCAAAACUUGGACCGCAGACUACUGGCGGACAGGUAAAUCAUGGGGACUCAGGGUCUAUUUGAAAGGAUACGAUAAUGGGGGCUAUUUCACCUUACAAAAGACCCUCAUAUUGACCCCCCACCUUUCAAUAGGACCUAACCCUGUGCUUAACGAGCAUGUCCUUGAAGGGAAACAGGCUUCCCCUUCACCACUGCCAGCACCAUAUGGCCCCCCUGAGGUGUCUAGUUACAAUGUGUCUGGGAGGAAGGACAAUCCACAAGCCCUACAUCCUGGAGGCCAGGCCAUUUCUCCCACGUUAAACACCCUGGACGCUGUCUUUGCUUUCUUAAAUCAAACUAGCCCUAACUUAACUUCCUCUUGUUGGCUGUGUCUGAGCCCAGCACCACCAUUCUUUGUGGGGCUAGGGACCACGGCGGUCUUGGGCAAUAACGACAGCUCCAUCCGGAAGCAAAGUCUGUCAGAUACAUAUCUCGGCCCUGACCCGCGUUGUCGCGGAAACCAUCAUCAGCCUGUCCUGACCCUGCAAGAUGUGGAAGGCAGUGCCACUUGCCUGGCCUCCCCUGAUUUUCAGUGGAGUCUAUCCCCAUAUAAAGAGAUAUGUCAGUUUCGAUUACAGGUUUCUCCUACGGACCACUCCCCCAAUUGGCUUUUUGCCCCUGAGGCUACAUGGUUUGCCUGUACCACAGGACUGACCCCUUGCAUCUCGGAGCUCAGGUUCCGUCAGAAUACUGAACUCUGCAUCCUGGUGCAUGUACUGCCCCAGGUGUUCCUUUACUCUGCUGAAGGAGCAGAGGAACAUUUUGGAUUGAUUCGCUCGACUGGAGCAGUACCCAUGUUGGUUCCGUUGCUCGUAGGGAUAGGUGUGGCAGGCUCAGCGGCAGUGGGAACAGCAGCCCUGGAUAAGGGAAAUGCAGGUUUUAACCUCUUGAGCUCUCAGGUAGAUGUAGACAUCAGAACGCUGGAGAAUCUCAUCACUCAUUUAGAAAAAUCAGUGGGCUCCCUAGCAGAGGUUGUGUUACAGAACCGUCGUAGGUUAGAUUUGUUGUUCAUGAAGCAAGGGGGAUUGUGCAUGGCCCUGGGGCAGUUAUGCUGUUUCUAUGCAAAUCGAUCGGGGGUCAUUAGGGAAUCGCUGGCCUCUCGGGAGACCAGUCGUAAGGCUUCCCAAUCCUGGUAUGAGUCACUCUAUGACAGGUCCCCCUGGCUGACCACUCUCCUUUCGGGACUCGCAGGCCCAAUCCUCCUGUUUCUCCUCCUCCUCCUCAUAGCUCCCUGCAUAAUUAAGUGCCUUAGCUCUUACAUUCAGGAUCGCAUACAAGCCCUGAAAGUUUCUGCUCUCCGGAUGACUUAUUCCCUGUUGGCCUUGGAUGAGUCACAACUAUGA